AUGAGCGGAAACAAUGGCGGCAAGGCUGGCGAAGUCGACGCCAGCAGCCGCGAUGGAGUGCAAGCCACAGCUGCCCCUCCACCAGAGGGCAAUUUGAGCAUCGUGUUUACCGACAUCGUCAAAUCCACGGCGAUAUGGGAGAAAGACGCGGCGGCCAUGGUCGAAGCCAUGGCAAUCCACGAUAUUAUGAUCCGCGACCUCACCAAGGAGAACGACGGGUACGAAGUCAAGCAGAACGGCGACGGCUUCAUGAUUGCUUUUCCCACGGCGACUGCCGCUGUGCAAUUUUGUCUCGAUGCCCAAGAGCGACUUCUCGACGAGGUGUGGCCUAAAGGCAUUCUGAAUCUGCCCUCGGGAAGUGAGACCAAGGACUCCGAUGGCCAAGUGCUCUUUCGCGGCCUGAAGCUCAGAAUGAGCGCCCAUUGGGGCGAACCCGUGUGCAAUUAUAACGAGGUCAUCAAGCGUAUGGACUAUCUCGGCCCCAUGGUCAAUCGAGCCGCGCGCUUCAUCCAAGUCACUGAGGGUGGACAAAUAACAGUCUCGGAAGACUUCUUGCUCCAGCUGCAGGGUGAGCUUGAAGCGGCAAAGAACCAGCCCGACGGGAAAACCUGCAGCGACAAUGACAGUGACAAAGCCGAGACCGUGGAGCUGAGCACAUUAAGGUCGAAGAAAGAUCAGAAAAAACUCACCCACCAACAGUUUGAAAUUCAGCUGCUGGGUGAGCAUGAUUUCAAGGGCCUUGAUGAGCCCGAAAAGCUCUACUACCUGGUGCCACGUUCGCUCGAGGGCAGAGUCGACCACUGGCACCAGGUCGAACAUGUUCCUGGAGUCAAGGGCAAUGUACGGAGUUGA